UCUUCACUCAUCCGAUGCUCAGACGCAGCCUACCAUCUCAGUGCCACCGGAUCAGUCUGCACGCAACCGCGGACGCGAGUGGACGUAACGGCAGCUAAAAUGUUUAUUUAUUAUUGUUUCCUCGCUCUUGCUGCGUUCGUCACAGCUCAACCAAGAGCGCAACAGUAUACCGUUCCUCCUGCCAAAUUAGAAGCCAUAUACCCUAAAGGAUUAAGGGUUUCUGUACCAGAUGAUGGAUUCUCACUCUUCGCGUUCCAUGGGAAGUUGAAUGAGGAAAUGGAAGGUCUGGAAGCUGGCCAGUGGGCACGAGACAUCACGAAGGCCAAAGAAGGGAGGUGGACCUUCAGAGACAGAGAGGCUAAGCUGAAGAUUGGAGACAAGAUCUACUUCUGGACGUACGUUAUCAAAGAUGGACUGGGCUACAGACAGGAUAACGGUGAAUGGACUGUCACUGAAUUCGUAAGCGAAGAUGGCAAGCCAGUAGACACAGGCAUGGUUCCAACCCAACCACCAACUCCAGACACCACAACCAGCCGUGGUCAACCAACCCAGCCUACCAGGAAGCCAGAUCCUCCAUGCCAGGCCUCACAGACUCUCGUCCAAGGACAAGCCAGCGUCUGCAAGGGGAUACUGCUCUUCAGUGAAGAGUUUGAAAAGGAAGGUCUGAAGGACCUUUUCAACUGGGAACCAGAAGUCAAGUUCCCGGAUGAGCCGGACUACCCAUUCAAUGUGUAUAUGAAGGAAAACACACUGGACUUGGAAGAUGGAAACCUGGUGAUAUCACCAGUCUUGCUGGAGACGCAGUAUGGAGAGGGCUUCAUUCAUGAUCAGUUAGAUCUCACCAAUACGUGCACAGGUCAAAUAGGCACGGAAUGCAAGCGGCAGGCGUCUGGAGCUCAGAUUCUGCCGCCAGUCAUAACUGGAAAACUGACCACGAGGAACAAGUUCGCGUUUAAGUUCGGCAGGAUUGAGGUCAGAGCCAAGAUGCCUGCUGGAAGCUGGUUGUUACCAGAAAUAAACUUGGAGCCUCUAUCAAACAUCUACGGCGCGUCUCGCUAUGAAUCUGGUUUGAUGAGGGUGGCAUUUGUCAAGGGAAAUCCGACCUUCGCCAAGAAGUUAUACGCUGGACCAGUCCUGUCUGAUGCGGAGCCGUACAGGUCGAAACUGAUGAAGGAGAAGAUUGGCAUCGAAAACUGGAGUAUGGACUUUCACAACUACACGCUGAUUUGGAAGCCAGACGGUCUGGUUAUGCAAGUGGACGGUGUUCAGUACGGCACGGUGGACCCUGGUGAAGGGUUCUACUCCAGCGCCAGGCAACACGCGGUGCCUCACGCCGCGCACUGGCUCAAGGGAACUGUAAUGGCGCCUCUCGAUCAGAUGUUCUACCUCGCCCUGGGUCUUCGAGUGGGAGGAGUACACGACUUCCCGGACGAGCCAGACAAACCCUGGAAGAACCGCAGCUUCAAGGCCAUGCUCAACUUCUACAACGAUCAGAGCACCUGGCUCCCGACGUGGUACGACCCAGACCUCAAGAUUGACUACAUCAGGAUCUACUCGCUAUAACCAUUAGUUUAGGGAAUUGUGCAAUUUUAAUUAUAGAAUUAUGUUUGGUAAAUUUAUUGGUGUGUAAAGACUCGUUUAAGGGUUGUAAGAUGGAAAGCCGUCACGCAAUGAUUGCUGUGUUGUAUCACGUUAUAUAGACAUACUCGAUAAACAGCUGGUGUAAAGGUGAGAGUCAUAAUGGCCGGUCACUCGUAUUUACAGGUCAACGUAUUUAAAUUGUACAGUAAUACAACGAUCUAGAACUCGAGCGCGUCACGACAGAAAACUCAGUCUGAUAGGACCCUAGGAUCUAAGAUCUUAACCCGGCCAUGUCGGCUACAGUCUACCGGAGACAAGAUUGCCGGUGAUCCAAUGCUACCGGUCUUCAAUUAUUUUUGCGAUGGCGUCGGUUGAACACGAUGACGCGCACACAGACACUAGAAAACAACUGACGCGAGCUGCGCAGGGAGUCGAAGUACAUGCUCGAAAUAAUUAUUUUUUUUAUUCUGCGGUCACGUGGGCAGGGUCAAAAACUGCACAGGUCUAUUCCCAUACCUCCCCUGUAGACUGUAACGUGUAUGACCAGCAUUACUGAACGCUUCUGCGUGAACGCUCUUAUACAUUGCCAUGUGUUUGAAUAAAUCGCGGGACGCGACGGUAAACGCGAUUAGGGCGCGACUGUCGCGUAGAUACAGUACUGGCGAGUAGAAAGGCCACAUCGAAGCAAUUCAUCUAAAAAAAGCAACAACAUUUGACAUUUGCGCAUAUAAAAGUAAGUGCGCAAUGCAAACAAAUGUCAAAUAGCAAUAUUGCUUUCUCAGAUGAAUUGCUUCGAUGUGGCCAUUUUAACAUUACGACUACUUCGAAGGCAACCUAAACAUUUAAGCGCGGGCGUUUGAAAAAAAAAUGCAUGUAAAAACCAUUCUAAACUUCCAGAUGAAAUUAAAUUAAAAAUACUUCCUAAAAUACUCACUACUUAUUAAUCUCAUCUAAGACAAGUAUGCAGAAAAUCGAUAGACUAUUUAAUAGGAUAAGUUGUGCGAAUGUGAUUACAAUGUGAUGAAAAAUAAAAUUAAUUCGUAAAUAAUUAA